AUGCUUACUGGGAUGAAGAAUUUAAUUGUAUUCUGUUUGAUGGGUUUAAUGGCAACCAAUGCACUUACUAUCACAUUGAAGAAUGGAGUUGAACAGUGUAUUUGGGAAGUGGGGAAAGCUGGAGAUCAGCUAUACGCUUCGUAUGAAGUAACCAAGGGAGAUGAGAAAAAUAUAAUUGUUUCUAUUACUGAUAAAAACAAAGCAAAAGUGUACCAGUCUGAGGGGAAGCCAAGCGAUGAUUUUAGUUACAACUUUGAAGGCGAGAAUCGAAUAACAAUGUGCUUUUCCACUCGCCGUUCGGAGGAAACAAGUAUUUCCUUCCGGUAUCAAGUAGGAAAUGAGCUCAAGCCGAUCAACAAAUCUCCUCGAACUGAAUACGUGACUUCCAAUGAUGUAAAUAACCUGGCUGAUAAACUGCAGUAUGUCGCCACUGAGAUUUACGCUAUGCAGGACGAGCAGCGUUACACGCGUGAGAAACAGCAUAACUAUAAGCAAGAUCUGAUAAAGCUGAAGAGAAAGGUGAUAAUCUCUUCUCUUUUCGAGGCUGUUGUGAUGUUGUUGUGUGUGCUACUGCAGUUCUUCCAAUACCGUAGUAUGAUUCGAGUGUGA